AUGAGCGCAGCGAACGACCCAGCAACCAUCGCCAGUGCCCUCCUCUCCACCCAUGACCUAGAUCUAAUAUCCUACACCACACUGCAAAGACUCUGGGCGGGAUACGGGCAAAUAUGCGCGAUAACAGCGCGGGCGAGGACAGACAGUGCUGCUGCGUAUGUCCGGAACUGUCAGUAUCUUGGGAAGGUUCCGGGGGAGGGAAAAGCGAAGGCGGGAGAUACAUUCCCUCUUAUAUUGAAACUUAUAUCGCCUCCGCCUGCGAAAGCCACCUCCUCUUCUUCUGGGAAAAUGGUAGACGAGGGCCAUUUGCGAAAGAUAUACAGCUACGAAGUGGAGCAAUUUUUCUACAGCAAGAUUGUUCCUUUGCUUGGUGAUUUGGGGGUUGCGAGGUGUCUUGCUUCCACAUAUACCAGCGAAAAUGAGGAGGAGGAGUCUGGUCUGACAGCAACGAUAAUAACCGACCUCCGACCACUAUACCCCGUCUCCGGCGAGAAGCGAAGCGCACUUUCUCCAGCUCAGGUCCACGGCGCGUUAUCCUGGCUUUCGAAGUUCCACGCGUCAACCUUCACCUUCACCCAUCGGGCGUUGGGAGAGUACAUCCUCCCCCCACUGGAAGAGCACGACCUCCGCAUUUUCACUUCCAAUUCCAAUUCCACCUGGCCCAGAAACGGCGUCUGGUUGAAUGGCGGGUACACGUACCUCUCAACGCGAAGAAAUGAAUACGCCUCUCUUCGAGAGGACGGAGGUUCAGAAUGGAGCGAAGCAUUCUGCACUCCAACUCCAACAGCUGAUGGUGGCGGCGGCGAAAGUAUCGCAGAGCUAGCCGCGAAAGUCCUAACCCCCCGCUCAAGGGAAAUAGAAUCUCUAAUCCACGGCGAUGUGAAAUCCGAGAAUCUAUUCACGACGUCUGACGGGGACGUCGCAUUCUUCGAUUUCCAGUAUACCGGUCUUGGGCUUGGUGUUUGUGAUCUUGCGAAGUUGUUUACUUGUUCUGUGCCGUUGCCCAUGCUUCUUCAGGGUGGGGGCCAGGAGGAUAAGUAUGAUGAAUACAACCUCUCAUCCGAACUAGCCAUGUGCGCGGGCGAAAAGGACCUUCUUCAGCGAUAUCGUGCUGGUCUCUUGGAGGCCAGUGGUAACAAGGAGGAGUUUUAUCCGUGGGAUGUGUUUAUUCGGCAUUGGGAGACGGCGCUGGUGGAUUGGUGUCGGUUUCAGGCUUCUUGGGGAUUUUGGGGGGAAUACGGAGUGGCUUGA